CACAACACUAAGUUAUUAUUUUACUAGCAUUUGAAAUUAACAAGGUGUGCUGUGCCCCUGUAACAAUGAAAGUUGUUCAGAGUUUCGGAAGUUGGCUGGUCCUCUUUUUUAGUUGGGUUUCCUUAUGUGUAACCAUCCCAGUGACUGAACGGGAGAAGCUACUUCAGAUGGAGAAUGCCCGGCGUACAGGUGGCAACCUUAUCCUAGGAAAACAGGAAGAAAAUUUCAACCACAACCUCAUGCAACUGAAAAAAACAGAAAUAAUGAAAGCUAUGGAAACUGGGAUAUUUCCACCAGCUAUGCAUUUCUUCAAGGCUAAAGAUUUCAUUGAAAAAAGUGAUGUGUUCAACAUCUUAAAAAAGAUGCCCAAAGGUGGCCUUUUACAUGUUCAUGACUAUGCUAUCCUGAGUCCUGACUGGCUGAUAUACAAUGCGAGCUACCUGCCUAACUGUUAUAUCUGCUUCUGCCCAAAGUGGACUGUUCAAUUCAAAUUUUCAAAGCCUUCUCUUCCUACAAAAGUGCCUCUUUGCUCCAAGUGGAUUUUGCUAAAGACCUACCGCAAGAGACUGAAGGAUCCAUCUGAAUUUGAUAGGAGUUUACUGAGGAACUUAACAUUAGUAACGGAUACUCCAGUGAAGACCUACCCAACGCAAGCUUUCAUCUGGGAAAUAUUUGAAAAUAUCUUUAAGACUGCUUCUGGCAUUAUUAAUUAUGCACCCGUGUUUAAAUCCUAUUUGUAUGAAGGGCUGCAGGAGCUCUAUGAAGAUAAUGUGCAGUAUGUUGAGAUAAGAGUUAUCCUGCCACCGAUAUAUGAGCUGGAUGGAAGUCUUCAUGAUAAAUUUUGGUCUGUGGCAGCUGUUGAAGAAGUGACUAAGCAAUUUGUAAACAGUCAUCCUGAUUUUGUGGGUGUAAAACUUAUAUAUACAACCCUCCGAAAGCAAAGUCUUUCCCAGAUCAAAGAAGCCAUUCUUACCGCCAUAGAACUCAGGACUAAGUUCCCAGAUACUGUGGCAGGGUUUGAUUUGGUUGGGUGGGAAGAUGGUGGAUACUCUCUCUGGGAACUGAGAAAAGCUUUACGUUUGCCAGAAACUAAAGGAAUUAAGUUGCCAUAUUUCUUUCAUGCUGGUGAGACAGACUGGGAAGGCACUUCAGUAGACAACAAUUUGUUGGAUGCUGUGUUAUUGAACACCCUCCGGAUUGGUCACGGUUUUGCCCUCACCAAGCACUCAGAAGCUAGGAGGUUGGCACUGAAACAGAACAUUGCUGUAGAAGUCUGUCCUAUUUCUAAUCAGGUCCUGAAGCUAGUAUCGGAUCUGAGAAACCAUCCUGCUGCUUUUCUGUUGUCAGAGGGUCAUCAGAUAGUGGUUGCCUCUGAUGAUCCGGCCAUCUUUGGAGCAAAGGGAUUAUCCUAUGAUUUCUACGAGAUGUUUAUGGGCAUAGGAGGGAUGAGUGCUGAUCUGAGAACUCUGAAACAGCUGGUCCUAAACUCUUUAAGAUACAGUAGUAUGCAGCCUGAUGAGAAGAAAAAGGCCACGGCCAUUUGGCAAAAAAAAUGGGACUACUUCAUAGACAAUUCUGCAGCUUCGCUCAAGAUGCUGCUGAAUAAAAAGCCAGAGUAAAGGUUCUAUACAAAAUCUUGCUUCUUCCAGGUAACUUGAUCAGAUCAUUGCUCAUUUAACAAUCCAGCAAAAUAAUUGAAAUCAGAAUAUACUCCAUAAAGGUGGAAUUCAUUGAACUGGGAUUGAAUAGAAGUGUUCCUUUCCCCUCUAAUAGUAGAAUGUUCUCUCAUUUUUAGUUAUAUUGGUGAGUCAUUCUUUUUUGUAUUUAUCAGAUCAGUGUUAUUCGUGUGAUGU